UGAUAUUCUUUAUAAUCGAUUCUUGAGAAGAUUACCAGUACUACAAGAGCAUUGAACAUGGAUUCUGCCAAGAGCAUACCUUCUUUUCAACAAGAAGACGAAAUAUUACCAUUGAAUAAAGAAAAACGAUAUAUCGGAGUCCGAAAGAGGCCAUGGGGGAAGUAUGCAGCAGAGAUAAGGGAUUCGACGAGGAAGGGAAGGAGGGCUUGGCUUGGAACAUUUAACAGCGCAGAAGAGGCUGCAUUGGCAUAUGAUCAAGCUGCAUUUGCAGUGCGGGGUUCAUUGGCUUCCAUAAACUUUCCCAUUGAAAUUGUGAAGGAAUCACUAGUAAAGAUUAAUUACAGGUGCAGAAUUGGUUCAUCCCCAAUAGAAACCCUAAAAGAGUCGCACAAACGCAGGGGUGAAUUCAGAAAGAAAAAAGCAAAGGAAGAAGAUGAAGUACUGGUGUUCGAGGACUUGGGGCCUGAUCUAUUAGAUGAGCUACUGUCUCAGAGUUAAGUGUUGCGUGAUUUUUAAUCUCAAUUUUAUGAUAUCUUUUAAUAUGUAAUAAAGACGACAUAAGAUUCUA